UUGGCGUGCCCCGUGUCUGCGCGCCCGUCUCUUAGUGCCGAAUUAAGUACCUGUUUUCGGUUCGGGUCUAGUGCUUAGGUAUCCUGGAACACUGUUCAGUGACGUCAAAUUUGACACUCCGCAAUCUAUAUUUUGGUGCUGCGAUUACAGGUGCUGGACAUCAUGAAGGGCAAAACGCUGGGGUUGACGCCUAUACUCAUACUUUUAUUGCAGUCUACACUAGUUUUAAGUCGAAUCGCAUUCGAAAAAUUAACAGAUGUCGACUUCCAAGGGACUGCGUACUAUACCGUACGGAAUCUUUCGCUAUAUGAAUGUCAGGGUUGGUGCAGAGAGGAACCAGAUUGCCAAGCUGCAGCAUUCAGUUUCGUGUUAAAUCCUCUCACUCCAGUGCAAGAAACCCGCUGUUUGCUACAGAACGACACACAAGCAAACAACCCUAUGGCCUCACCACAGCGUUCGGUAAACACUUACUACAUGGUAAAGUUGCAAGUACGCACAGAGAGUGUUUGCUUGCGGCCAUGGGCGUUCGAGCGAGUGCCAGGCAAAGCCCUCCGAGGCUUGGACAAUACUAUAAUCUACACUUCCACAAAAGAGGCCUGCCUCGCAGCCUGUCUCAAUGAGAAAAAGUUUCCGUGUAGAUCAGUGGAGUACGAAUAUGGAGGUAUGAGAUGUUCUCUUAGUGAUUCAGAUAGACGAACCGGACAACAUUUUGUACAACUUGUUGAUACUCCAGGAACUGAUUACUUUGAGAACUUAUGCCUGAAGGCGACACAAGCAUGCAAGGGCCCUCGAGUGUUCACAGCACCUCGUGUGGGAGUAGCUGAAGAUAAAGUCUCCCAAUAUGCUGGACUUCAUUAUUACACCGACAAGGAACUGCAGGUAACAUCAGAGUCAGCGUGCCGUCUGGCUUGUGAAAUAGAGUCGGAAUUCCUAUGCAGAUCUUUCCUCUACCUUGGAGCACCCCAUUCGUCAACAUACAACUGUAGAUUAUACCAUUUGGAUCACCAUACUCUGCCUGAUGGACCAUCAGCCUACCUCAACGCCGAAAGACCACUUAUUGAUGAUGGCGAACCGAUCGGAAAAUACUUUGAAAACUUCUGUGAAAAACCAUCUGCAAAUGCGAACCCAAACGGAGAGCUACCAGUAACAAUCGAGCAUCAGCAGGACCUCAAUAUGGCUAGCAACUUGACUCGGAACGACGCUAAUUGUGACAAAACGGGCACAUGUUAUGACGUGUCGGUCCUUUGUAAGGAUACUCGCAUUGCCGUGCAAAUUCGCACGAACAAACCCUUCAAUGGCAGAAUAUACGCCCUAGGCAGAUCCGAGACUUGCAACAUUGAUGUUGUUAAUAGCGACCAGUUCAAACUAGAUCUGACAAUGGCCGGGCAAGAUUGUAACACACAAAGUGCUACUGGAGUGUACUCAAACACUGUAGUUCUUCAACAUCACAGUGUAGUCAUGACGAAAGCUGACAAGAUAUACAGAGUGAAGUGUACAUACGACAUGACUUCGAAGAACAUCACCUUCGGAAUGGUGCCCAUACGGGACCCAGAAAUGAUCUCAAUCACUGCCGCACCUGAAGCACCUCCACCACGCAUACGUAUCUUGGACGGUCGCCAACGCGAGGUGGAAACUGUGCGCAUUGGAGACAGGCUUACCUUCCGCAUCGAAAUCCCAGGAGAUACUCCUUACGGCAUUUUUGCACGUAGCUGUGUCGCAAUGGCAAAAGAUUCCAAGAGUACCUUCCAAAUCAUUGAUGAAAAGGGAUGUCCCGUGGACCCAUCAAUCUUUCCAGCAUUCAUUCCCGACGGUAAUGCCCUUCAAUCAGAGUAUGAGGCCUUCAGGUUUACGGAAUCUUAUGGAGUUAUUUUCCAAUGUAACGUCAAAUACUGUCUUGGUCCUUGCGAACCUGCGGUGUGCGAAUGGGGAAGAGAAUCUAUCGAAUCAUGGGGCAGAAAGAGACGUUCGUUGCCCCUCAAUGAGACAGAUGAAGCGGGUUCGCAGGAAGAAGAGAUGAACAUCUCCCAAGAGAUUCUCGUCCUUGAUUUCGGCGAUGAGAGACAGAGUACUGACUUCCUACGCUCUGAUAAACCAGGAGGUGUGGCGUCAGAGGCUAACUUUGGAGAAAAAACUGUAACCAUUGUGGAGCCGUGCCCUAGUAAAGGAUCUGUUCUUCUGCUGGGUGUAGCCUGUGCAUUACUGGUUCUUCUCUACAUCGCUACAAUCUUUUGCUACUACAUGCGUAAAUGGCUCGCUCCUCCCAAACAUUUGUAAAACGUUUUUUAAUCAACAUAUAAGUCCCUAAGACACAAUCUUCUUAUUGUUUUCGGGAGUUUCUGUCGACAAAAAUUGUGAAAUGGUCACGUGACAAGCAUCAAAGCCAUAAUGUAUACGUAAAGUUAUCUCAAGGUCUGUCAAAACAUACACAAGUAUUAAGUUUUUGUCAAGUGAAUAUUUUUAGUUCCCUUAUAAUACGAACAUUAUGCCUUUCGAUACUUUUACAGCAGAACGUCUGCAUAAGUAGGUUUUUGUCUAGGGCCAUGAGAUUUAACAAAUGACGAUCGUGUGAUAAAACGACUGAUAACAAAACAUGAAUGUCAUAUCCGUCCAUAAUUUGUAGUAUAAGUUGCUACGAUGCGUUUUUAACCACCGCAUUGCGUAAACUAACUCAAGCAUUUAUUAUUUUAAGAUUCUAUAGUAGGUACAAAUCCCUCUGAAAUACGUAAUCAUAAUUUUUAGUUUACAUUUUUCAGAAUGUGCAUUUAUUAAUAAUAAGAUAGAUUAAAAAGUCAAAGAGUUUCGGAAUGUUCCCAGAAAAUUUAUUCAUAUGCCUAAUUGAGAUGACUUAUAAUUUGAUGGGAAUAUUUUGAUAGUAAUUGGAUCAUUUCAAGAUGUUGCGCAAAGAAUUUUGUGCCCAAUAUAAAAGGAUUGAAGUAUUCUUAAGCUUUUUAUACAAACAUACAUAUUUAGGAUUAAUUAGGUAUUGUAAAUAUAAUGCCAAUAGAUGGCGCUAAGUUCUAUUAUAACCAGUAACUUUGCCUUGACGAACUUUCAGUUGGGUUUUGCAGAAAUGAAAGGAUCACAAUUCACUUUGCCAUUUCUUUUAACCCAACUUGAGAUUUCUUCUAUUUAUUUAGAAAUACUUGCAUUUACUU